UGUUUCCCCUGACGGCGGACGCCAGCGCUGGGAGCGUGAGGGUAGAGGUGUUCUGUUAUUUUGAGAGAGCUUUUGGUCUCUGUGUUGAUAAGAUAGAUAUAGCUACUCCCUCUCCGGAGCGGGAGGGCGAGCCGGUCCCAGCGCUCGCUGGACACCCGGGCUGGGGCGCGGGGCUGUGACGCGGGCGGAGGCUGCGGCCCAAACUAAGAGCGCUCGUUCCCACGCUGAUGGCCGGACGCGUCCUGGGAACGACUUUAGCCACCGUGUCUUUCUCUGUGGCCUUGGCCUCUGUGACUGUCAAGUCCUCGGGCAGUUGCAGCAUCCCGGCGUGCAGAAACUCAUUUUUAUCCUGUGGGUUUCAUCUUAAUUCCAACAUCAUGUCUGGUUCUAAUGGUUCCAAAGAGAAUUCUCACAACAAAGCUCGGACAUCUCCUUACCCAGGUUCAAAAGUUCAACGCAGCCAGGUUCCUAAUGAGAAAGUAGGCUGGCUGGUUGAGUGGCAAGACUAUAAUCCUGUGGAAUAUACUGCAGUCUCUGUGUUGGCUGGACCUAGGUGGGCAGAUCCUGAGAUCAGUGAAAGCAACUUUUCUCCCAAGUUUAAUGAAAAGGAUGGGCAUAUUGAGAGAAAAAGCCAGAAUGGCCUGUAUGAGAUUCAAAAUGGAAGACCUAGAAACCCUGCAGGACGGACAGGACUGAUUGGCCGUGGGCUUUUGGGGCGAUGGGGCCCCAAUCAUGCUGCAGAUCCAAUUAUAACCAGGUGGAAAAGGGAUAGAAGUGGAAAUAAAAUCACCAAUCCUAUUUCUGGGAAAAACAUCUUACAGUUUGUUGCAAUAAAAAGGAAAGACUGUGGAGAAUGGGCACUCCCAGGGGGGAUGGUGGAUCCAGGAGAGAAGAUUAGUGCCACACUGAAAAGAGAAUUUGGUGAGGAAGCUCUCAACUCCUUACAGAAAUCCAGUGCCGAAAAGAGAGAAUUAGAGGAACAAUUGCAUAAACUCUUCAGCCAGGAACAUCUAGUGAUAUAUAAGGGGUAUGUUGAUGAUCCUCGAAACACUGAUAAUGCAUGGAUAGAGACAGAAGCUGUGAACUACCAUGAUGAAACAGGUGAGAUAAUGGAUAACCUUACUCUAGAAGCUGGAGAUGAUGCUGGAAAAGUGAAAUGGGUGGACAUCAGUGAUAAACUCAAGCUUUAUGCUAGUCACUCUGAAUUCAUCAAACUUGUGGCAGAGAAACGAGAUGCGCACUGGAGUGAGGACUCUGAAACUGACUGCCAUGGGUUAUAGCUCUCCAGCUCCAGAAAAGCCAAAGGCCAGCAAAGGAGCAUUGCUGAAAAGAAGGCAGAUCACAGAGCUCACAUGUAAAAAGGGCAGGGUAGGUCACUUGGAAAUUCACUUUAUUCACUUUCAAAAUGAUUUGCAUUUAAAAGGUUUUGCAUCAGAACAAAAUUAGUAAAUAUGGUGAAACAGAACACAGAAUUUCCUGCUUCCCGGUCCAAAGAACUAUACACAAUUGUAUUUUGUUUGUAUUCUGUUUAAGCAUGGCUUAAACCAAAUUUAAGCAACUGAUACUCUUUAAAGAAUCAGAAUCUGAAUAAUGAUAAAUUUCUGUUCAGCUAUAACUUCUACUUUCCAUGUAGUUCUUGUUUGUCAGUUGGUUUUUUUUUUUUUCCAAUUGAUCUUGGAUCUGAAGAAUGUUCUUGCCAUAUCAAGCUUCUUUCAGAGCAGCACCAACCACUGUUGUAUAAUCUGAUUUAUCUUUAAAUUAUUUGCUUCACAUCUCGUUUUAAAUGAUCUUAUUGAAACUGAUUUCAAAAAUGGAAACCUUAUUUAUUCUUGACUUUAGAGUCGGUUUUAUGAGGAAAUUGCAGUCACUCUUUUAGUCAAUACAGAUCAAGAACAGUAAACCAGCUUAUGUUCUCAUUUCCAAAAAUGCUGAAUAAAAAAUGUGUCCAGGAAAUUAGUAAUUUAAAUUGAUAUAUGUACUUCACUCUGCUAUAACUGUAUGUGCCAUAAAUGAAUUAAAAAUAUACUUUCAGAAAGGAACUGCAGUCAGACAGAAACGGAGGGAGGUCUUUUGAAGUUAAAGUGUUUUUUGUUAGAAAAGGAUUAUUAAGGACUGACAUAGGGUUUUGAGAGACUCACUGUUAACAUUGUAAUUCCCAGAGGAAAGGAAAGAGUUGGUGUUCCAGGUGUUCUUGGAAGCAGGGAAGAGGAAGGACAAUAGCACUGCCUUGUCUCAGUGGACAUGUGUAUCACAUUCUAGCCAAGAUAUCCAUUGGAAAAGUCCCAUGAUACUAACGCCUGUCAACCUGAGGUAGGGACUAUCAUAAUUCCAUCUUUGUUCCAGUUGGACUACAGAUGGGGCAUCUGAAGAAAAGGAUGUUUAAGGGAUAGAGAUGUGGUUGUUUUCUUUUCUUCAGAUACUUGUAAAAGGUAUUAGGCCUGCUUUGUAUCUAGAGAACAGAACAAGGGCUAAGGUAAAUCAGUCUAAGGUUUUGUUUUUGUUUUUCGAUUUAGUGUCAGAAUUCCUUUGGUGGUAAACUUGAACUGAACUGACAGGGGGCUUUUUUCCCCUUAGUAUGACUAUAAGUUUUAUGGAGAAACAUUAGAAUAUUUUAUUUCAGGAUACUGCCUCAGACCCCUCUGGAAGAGUUAUUAAGGUUUAUGUUCGGUAUUAAUUUUCUAAAAUCCAUAAAAUCCUGGUUGUUGGGUAUAUGAUAAAAGACUUGUGCUUGACAAGGAUGACCUGCUUAUUGGGUGAAGGGUAGGAUGACCUUUUCCCAGCAUGUAAGAGUCUGAUUCUAGUUUUACUGUUUGGCAGGAAGAAAUUGCUUCUUCCUGGCACUUAAUAGAAUUCUCUAAAAUGGAAACAGCUUACAAAAGCUUUUGACAAAGUUUAAGCAGUUGCCUACAGCAUGACAUUUCCUUAUGUUUUAUUAGUUUUGAUACUUCUAAACUGACAUUAGUAAAGAUGUUAAUUUUUAUUAAAAUUUUAUUUAAAGAAUGACUAAAGCACAUGGUCUAUAGAUAAUAAAUUUUUGUGGCAUUUUCUAGUUUUCAUUGGAACAUUUACAAAGUAUGCAAAGCGAUAAAACUCCUAUACCCUAUAGAUAGAUAGAAGUAGAUAAUCUUCUAAGUUUCCAGCACCAUCUAUAAUAGAGAAAAAACAGAUUAAAAUUUCAUUUUAAGACAUUUCUGGAGGAAUAUCUUCUCUAUCACUAGGUGAUAUUGCCUUCAUAUUUGCUUUUUAAUAUGUUAGAUAUAAAGAAUAUUUUGGGUUUUAAGAGAUAUUUAGUAGAAUAAAUAAUAAUAGCUACCAUUUAUUGAAUAUCUACAUUAUAUCACUUAAUCCUCACAACAAUCCUAUGAAGUUAGGUGAUAUUCACUUCACUGAUGAAAAUGAUAUUUUAGAAAGGUUGCCCCAAGGUUUAUUCAAUAAGCAAAAGAGCUGAGAUUUGAAUCCUGAUCUGCCUGGUUCCUCUGACGAUUGUAUUCCCUACUAAAGUUAUGGAGCUUUUAUGAUUUGUUACUUUAAGUUUGUAGUUUGGAAGAUUCUGUAUUACUUAAGCAGUAUUCAUGUUAUAUAUGACAUAAAUAGUAAUACAUUUAUGGUUUGUGACUUGAAAUUUAAGGGCCACAUCUGAUCUGACUAGCAUUGUUGAAACUGUUUGCAAAACUUUGGCCCAGAGACAAUUGAUAUCUUAAUGUAAGGAUGAGUAACUCCAUCAGUGUUUGUCUUGCCAGCAGGUAUUCUUGAGAUUUGAAAGCAUUCAAAUUCAAAUAGAAACAAGAUGCUAAAUGAAGCUAAAGAAGGCACCUAAAAUUUCUAACCACUUUUAGAAGUUAAAUGCUACUCUGCUUUACAGUAUAAGGAUUUAUGGUAGUUGCUAUUAUUUUCUAAAGUACCUGUAAAAUUAUAAUAAAUAAAUUGAUUUAUUUAUAAUUUACAGCAUUUGAAGAAAGCACUUGUAAUCAAUUUGGUCUUGUUUACACCUACUUCAAUCAUAUUAUUAACUUACCAACAUGGGCACAAUCUGAGGCUAUUUAACUCUUAGGAUAAAAAAUAUUUUAAAAUGUAUAAUAAUGCUUAAAAGAUAUUUGGAGAUUUUACUAACCGUAUAUGACUUCUGACACAGUAGUAAGAGAUUUAUUUCUGCCAAAAUAAAUAAUACAGAUUAUAGUUACUACAUGAAGAUAUUUUUGCCAUAAUUUUCCUUUGCCUCCAUCUUAUGUCUCCCAUAUUAUGGUUAUUCAAUGCCUAUGUGUUUGUAUUGGUAGUCAUGUGUAUUGGGAGGUAGAUAAUAAUGUGGUUCUGUAAUACCUAAAUGCUGAUAAACUGAACCAUUGAACUGUCUUUUCUGCAACAUAGAGCUUAAGUUCUCCUGCUUCACCCCGAUGGCCUAAAAGCAUUUGAAGUGGUAAGAGACACUUAAUAAGCGCUUUAGGGCAAUGAAAUUUGUCAGAAGGAAAACUUGGGUGAAAUCCAGUUUCUGUCUCAAAAUUGGAAUUGAGAAUAUUUUGAUUUAUCAGUGUCUCUCAAGGUAGAUUAAAAUAAAUACAUACUGUAUAUAAUUUUAAUUGACAUUAAUUCAGAUACUUAAAAAGGGAAUAUACCUUUUCAGUCUCUCUCUCUUUUGUAUAUAUUUUAAAUGAAAGAAAACUUGGCUGAGAAUCAAAAUAGAAGUCUCAAGGUUUGUAGCCUUUCCAUCAAGUGAGCCGAUGCUUUUAUGUUAAGGAGAUUUGUACCCUUGCCUUGAGAUCAGAACGUUUCUAGAUUUGGUAGUUUCACAGCAAGCUUUUCUUACUGUUUACUCUGAAUUAUUUGUAAGACAAAAAUAAGCUUGAGGUAAAAUUUACUGUUUGAAAUUUCUUAACCUAAUGCAUGUAUUUCUGUAAACUGAAAUUUUGCCAGAUGCUAUGGGCAUUAUGGAAAGAAUACACUUUUAGACCUGCAGAAAUUCUGACCUAAAGAUCUUGGAGGAAACUGAGUUUAUAACUCAUGAGCUUUAAUUUGGAUAGAUCAGUUGGGUUCCAUUCUGCCAUAUGUUUUUAUGGUUCAAAAGAAUUAUUCUUACCUUUUCUAAGAUUAAAUGCCAUUUGCUUUUAUCAAUAUAAUCAUAGCAAAGAAGUCUUACCCCAAAGAAACCCUAAAAAUAAAAAAAAUUAUUAAAGUUAUCUUUUGUCCAUUAAGUAGGUUUGCAGUUUAUAGCUUAAAAAUUAAUAUGGACUUACCCCAAGUUGGUUCAAAAUAGAAAUGAUUAACUGUGAAAGAAGAAAAAUCAAUGAUCAGUGAUAUCAAUGGGUUUACUUUUUAGCUUAUUUUUAACUUAGUACAUAUAUAAGCUAAAGUAUUUUCUAUAUGAAAAUUUGUUUUUAUUGAAAAUUUAAUUCCGUUUUACUGCUUAGUGUUUUAUUUUCACAGUGUAAGAUUUUAAAGUGAAUAUGCAAUAUCUGGAUUCAAAUUCCCCUAAUUCACAAAAAUAUUUUCUUUUAACUACCUUGUAACAGUAUUCAUUAUAUCUGAAAUAUAGAAAAUUGAUGUGGAGGGGGAGCGGAUAGCUCAAAUGAUAGAGUGCAUGCUUAGCAUACACAGAGUCCUGGGUUCAAUCCCUAGUAUCACCUCUAAAAACAAACAAACAAAUAAAUAAACCUAAUCAACCCCCCAAUUGAUGUCACUGGUUAAGAAGCUCUCUGUGUACACCUCCAUGAAAGUGCUAUCUUUCUUAAAUUAUGUGAAAUUUUCUGUGUGAAUGAUAUUUGAACCAAAAUUUUAAGACAAGUAUGACUUUGCUUCCAGGGUUUGCUUACACAAGCAAUUUCAUUGGGAAAGUAUUACCGUGUAACUCCCUGUGGUCCUGUUUUAAGAGACUGGCAGCUUGCUCAAGAAAUUGACCACUCUGUCAAAAAGGCAAAUCUGUUUGUAGAGCUGUCCCUCCCAGCAUGGAUGCAAGAAUAUCUAAGCUAAACACUAUCCUGCUUGUUCUUAGGCAAGAACAAUGCGGAAUUCCUCUUCCUGCUCCUUGACUUAGCUACAAUCACUGGGAGAAAAAAGUUCUCAUGACUAUGAAGAAAUGGCAGUUCUAUAAGUAUUCUGUCAGGAUCCUUUCCAGGAUGGGUUGUAACCAACAGCACUUUUUAAAAGCUCAUAAAAUAGUGUAAGUCAGUAUGAAGUGUUCAGAUUUGAUAAUUCGAAUGAGUUAGAUGUCUGAAGAGUCAGUAUUUUCGCUGGAAGAGACUUUGGGGGUAUAUUCAUACAUUUACCCAAGGUCACACAGCUAAUUUAAUUUUAAAGAUGAGCUUAUAAUUUAGGCUUCCCCACAACAGAUCAGUGCUCUUUUAGCCAUGUUUUGAUGUAAAGGUCGAUUUGCUAAUUUUGUAAUUAUCAAUAAUUAUUGAAGGUAGGUUCUUAAACAUUUUUAGAACAUAUAUUUAUAUAUAUAUGUAUAAUAAAUUCUAGAAAUAUGCUAGAAUUUUCAUGAUUUGUCAUUUGGAAAUGGACUAUAAUACUGUUUAAACAGAGUUGAUUAUGGGAAGAGCACUAGCUAUUUGAAUUCAAGACUUAGAUUCUUAUUUAAUUUGACCUUAAAGUUUCUGGGACACUUAAAUAUUCUUCAAGAUGAGUGACUUUAAAUAAUCUGUAUUAAAGAAUCCUGAAAAUUUUUACCUCAGGCACACAUUGAUUGAGGCCUAACUUUCUGACAUUUUUGCAAAAUACUGCAUGUCUCUAAUUCUAAGAUACCGUCAGCUGUGAAGUGUACCAUUUAGUUAGUGAUGCGUCUUAAAGAAAAAGGAGAUCCUAAGUUAAAGGCAUCUGCUGUGAGAUGUGUUGAUUUCAGAAAAUGUUUAAGUGUGAAAAGUGUAUGGGAAAUGAAAUUUUUUAGUAUUCUCUUUUGUAAUUUAAGUAUUUCUCCUAUGUUUUCAUAAACAAAGAUUUUGAAUAACAUACCAAUAAAGGUCCUCAUUAAAAAGUUGAA